AUGGAAAAGGACGCAUUGGAGGUUAGACUGAAGUCUAUUAGACAUUCGCUGGACAAGAAUACCAAACUUUUACCGGGAAAAUAUAGGAAUACUCUAGGAGAGCGACUUAUUACCAAAUGGAGGUACAAGAAGAAAUCCCAUAAUGGCAGUUCAAUGUUGCCUGAAAAAUGUAAGAGCCACGUGCAAUUGUAUGAUGAUUUGGUACAAGAAAGCUCUAAACAUUUUGUUGGUUUCCGAUUACACGAUCUUCGGGCCUUGUUGAAAAGAAUAUGCUCCAUUCAAAACUACACAAGGCAUGUGCUCAUUGAAUGGGACGUUCGAUGGGUCAAUCCACUGACUCUAGCAUCCAAGGGCUGGGAGCCGUACCAAAGUGCAUCCCAGUCGCAAGUGCCAUUUAAGUGCUGUUGUUGCCAUGCCAUUAUGACAAUUCCUUUAUUAAAAAAUGGCGAUGAUGUCGCCGAUUACACCAUGAAAUUGAAUGAAAAAAUCUGGAAUUCCAAUAUAAUUGGAAAUCAUCUCCAAAAGUGUCCGUGGAGGGAAAAUCAGGUUGAUUUAAACAAAGAGUAUUAUUUAAGCUCACAAAACCUUAUAAGGGAAAUUGAAAGAAUUCAUACAGAAAUUGACAGAAUUGUUUCCGGAUCAAAUGAAUUUAGCCUUAAAAGAAACUCUUCCCGUAUAUUUCAUUACUUGUCUGAGAAAGAAAUACAAAAAUUGGCAUUUUUUUUCGAUUGUAAAGACUAUUCUCUCGUAGGUCUGUUGCUUCUCGGCUACACGAAAUUCCAGAAGGAUGAUCUGGUUCAAUGCACGGCUUGCUUUCAUCGAGCAUCCCUGAAGAAGUUAGAAUAUACAGAAUUUAACGGACACGCUCUAUGGUGUCGGUAUUACAACAAAGAGUUGUUGCCCACAAUGUUGCUGGAGUUAAUCGGCAAGGAGGACAAACUAAUAACGAAAUUGGGCGUGGGAGAAAGACUAAAUAAAUUAGAGGCUGUUCUACAAACUUUAUAA